UGUCAUCUGAAGCGGAGGUUGGGACGGUCAGUCUGUUAGUUGGUCGACCGGACGGACACUGUAACAAACGGCUAACGUUAAUUGAAUCCCCGCUCUUUUAAUCUGACUUUAAAUGCGUUUAAAUGAACCAUGGCUCUUAAAGUGGACACAGUCUUAUUUCUGGGCUGUGUAGGGGUGAGCAGAGGUUCAAACUUUUUCUAAUUUAACCAUGGAAACUGAAAGGAAGCGGACAGCAGCGACAACAGAAAAGAAGUCCGUUGACAAACCGCUCUGUAGCCCGGCAGAUCACGGAGGAAUGGACGCUGUUAAAACUGGCCCAAACCGGGACUGAAUCUCAUACCCGGGUCUUCCCGAGCUUCAUGUCACCCUCCUCUCCGUGCCAGAUGCCUCCGCGGGGCGAUGGGGGCUACAAGCCUGCACCGGUAUCCCCUGCUCCUCCUGUCCCACCGAGGAGGGUCCGCAGCCGGGAGAGGGGCUCCGGCAGGACGCGGCGGUCCGGGGCAGGAGCAGCGGAGAGGCGUGUGAAGUGUGUGCUGGUGGGAGACGGAGCUGUGGGGAAAACCAGCCUGGUGGUCAGCUACACCACCAACGGGUACCCCACAGAGUACAUCCCGACCGCGUUUGACAACUUCUCAGCGGUGGUAUCAGUGGAUGGGCAGCCAGUCAAAUUACAACUCUGUGACACAGCCGGACAGGAUGAGUUUGACAAGCUGCGGCCUCUGUGUUACACCAGUGCAGAUGUGUUCCUGCUGUGCUUCAGUGUCGUCAGUCCCGCCUCCUUCCAGAAUGUUCCUGAGAAGUGGGUCCCAGAGAUCCGGAGACAUGCCCCCUUCGCUCCGCUAGUCCUCGUUGGGACACAGUGUGACCUCCGAGAGGACGUCAAGGUUCUUAUUGACCUGGCAAAGUACCGGGAGCGACCUGUGGACCCAGCAGAUGCCCGGGACUGUGCCAUGGAGAUUGGAGCUGUGGCCUACAUGGAGUGCUCUUCCCUGACCCAAAAGAAUUUGAAAGAAGUGUUUGACACGGCCAUACUGGCCAGCCUGCAGAACUGCAGCUCCCAUAAGCACCCGCGAGGAAAACAGAAACGACAGAAAAAGCAGAGGCAGACACCGGACAAGAUGAAGAGCCUGUCCAAGUCAUGGUGGAAGAGGUACUGCUGUGUGGCCUAGAGCCGAGCUGUGAUGAGUUUUGGUCUUGAUGUCUUAGACUCUGAUGACUUUAUCCUGGUCUGGAUUCAACUGGGUUUGGGUUCUGUCUGGACUCGCUUUCAGUUUGGGUUUCUCUCUAAUGGAGCCUGAUGUUGAGCAGGACCUCGACUGGACUGUGGCUGGGAACCGAAGUAAGACUUUCACAGAUCUGAAAUGUUUUACUUUUUGUUUUUGUUCAGGGAGGGGUUUUAGUCUCAUCGUGGAUCAGAUUUACUACUGAGCCCAGCCGGGUUCGAGCAGAACCUGCUCUGAUGAUGAAAGCAGCAGUAUGAGCCCUCUGCAGGAGAAGGUAGUGCUGCCUCUCUUCAAAUUAAACUAGUAUGAACUAGGAUUUUUUUCAGACUAGCAGAAGAACCUCUUAAUGUCAUGGUGGAUGUGAAAAUAUUGGUUAUGAUGAGGCCGGUCCAGAUUUGAAGAGUAGAAACUUUGAUUUUCUUGUCUGUGUUUAACACAUUAAUCGGAGGUAUUUAGUCUGGUUUUAAAAAACCCCAACCUCGUAUAGAUUUAUGCAGCCUUAUUAUGUAGACUGAAAGGGAGCUUGACUCCCUGUAGACUGUAGUGAAGCACUCAGUCCUUUUUCUAACUUCUUUCUAACGUUAGCCUGGUUUCCAACACUCAUGAUUAGAAACCAAACUUCCUCUUUAUUUACAUAUGAAAAGAAGAAGCCAUUUUCGAUUUUUCUGGUGCAGGCACGAUCGCUCGACACGAUUUAAGUCAGAACUUAGUCAACAUAUCCUGCACAUGGUUGAAUUGAUCACUGUUGUUCUAGUAACAGAACUUGCUUUAUUAAACAACUAAUUAUUUUAUCCUGAUCACAUGCACAGUUUGUGUGCUGCAGCCUCUAAACCUAAUCUAAAACCUGGAUCAUGGUUAACUUUAUUUUAGUCUCGCUCUGAGCUAUUUAUGGAGUUAGGUCUGGCUUGGUUUUUAGUGUGGUUUUCUUCACGUCCUGCCACUGUUUGGCCCAGAAAGAAGCCAGACGUUUGGUGAGGCUUUUUUAUUUGAAACAGAACUAAUGCCAAUGUCUUUUCUUGCCUUGAUCAAAAAUAACACCUUCAUAUUUUUUUGCCUCAGUGAGAUUUCAAUGAUUGGAAAAUUAUUCCCACUACAUAUCUCAGUACAAGACUGUCUGCAUAUCCAUGUGAUAAAAGCACACAAAGCAUUCUUGUUUAAAAGCAAGUUGUAUCUUUACUGAAGAAAACACAACACCGUAUGUGUAGAAGUCGGGUUUCCAUUGGUAGCUGUGGUCAUUUACUUUCCUCAUUUAUCCGACUUUAGUACUGAAGGACAGUCUGCGCUGUAUUAAUGUGGUUUGGUUAAACAAAACUCUUUGUACUGUGAUGGUGGACUACAGGCUGGCUAGCACUUAAACUUCAGGCAGGAGGACAUUUUGUAAUUUUAGGGUUUUUCUCCUCUUCACCAUGUUCACAUUGUUGCACAUGCCACAACUUUGCUCAGUAUAGUCACCAGUGUCUAAUGUAGAGGAGGCCCUUGUACACAUGCAAAGAAAGGGUCUAAAACUGAAAAUACCAGGAUGUGAGACAUUCAUCCUGUCAACCAGUUGUAACUUGCAUCAGUUACAAAGCAGGCAAAUACUAUAUUGGUUAUAUUUGUACUAUUAGUGUGAAUUUGACUUACCUUUCCAGAGACCUGACUGGCCUUAAGUGUGAGCACUUAACAGAAUUAGGUCAGCCAAGUGCUCUUUAAGUUUACCAAAUGGACUCAGCUAUUUGUUUGUGUUGGUUUGCAGCAAGAAAAUAACUCAGAGCAAACUGAAAGACACAAAGAUGGGUUUAUUUCGUAGCUUCAAUGUAAUUGUCUAUCUAAGACUGUGAAGUUUGAAUUAUGUCCAUAUUCAGUAAAAACAUUUCUUAGUAGUUAUGAACUAUAGUUUGACUCAUGUUUGUUGCUCUGCAUUUGUUCCCUUUACCCAAAAUAUGAUCUUCUACUUUACCAUUCUGCAUCCAUUUUGCUUUGCUAAUACUACAGAGUUAUCCAUUGUCCGUCAUACGUCUACUGUAUGCUCUGUUCGUUCUGCAGCUUGCUCUCUCCAAUAGAUUAAGUUUUGUAUGUUGUAAAGCAGAAAUUAAAAGGAAAACUAAAACACGUGUGUGGCCGUCAAACUCUCAACUGCCACACCUUCCUUUGUACAUUGUAGUUACAAAAAUGAACAAAACCCAAUCAUUUACAACUAUUUCUCUACAGUUCCUGGAUCUGAAUGGCUCUUUGUAGUAGAGUCACUGCAGCAGAAAGGAAAAAUGAUGCAACCAGUUUGCAGUCUGUAAUGGAUCCAAAGCAGAUCUGCCAUUAUUUGGCACAUGUGCAAUAUAUGAAAUGGUUUUUCACUCUUACAUUUCUUAGCCCUGGACCACUCUAUACUAUAAGUUGUCAUGGCCAAGUUAACCUUUGUUGACUAACCCUCAGGUUAUAAGACAGGGUUAAACUGUCAAGGUUCAGGGUUAACAUCCAUUAACUGUGACCGUCUCACAAUAACCUUUCAUGUGACAAAUAAUAUAUUCUGCUGCUGCUUUCCACACCAGUUAUCUUAAAACUGUUUUUGUGAUGGUAUCCUGAAAAAGUCAAUAAUAAUCCUGCUCUGCUUUCUGAGUGUGAAAUAGCUUUUAGUUUACAGCUCACAAAGCUGUAAACUAAAAGGUGUCUUAGCUGAGGGUUAAGUGUAGAGUGAAAACCCUGUUCAUUGUGCAUAAAUGAAGCAGUUUUUCUGGUGUCUGGUUCGAAGUACUUUCUCUACUGUGUGUGAAAUGGAGUGAGCUGUGGUUUGCCUUGAAAUUCACUUUAUCUUGAACUGUACUGUAAAGAUACCAUGAUAGUUACAAGACAUACAUUUAUUGUAACAUUUAUGUUUUUUUCUAACAAACUUCUAUAAAAAAUGUAAAAUCUAAACAAAAUGUUCACAGUUCAUGUUUUCUGUUUAGUCAAACACAAACGAAGACAAGACUGCCAGAACUUCGUACAAUCAGAGGAUUUGUACAAUUGGACUUCUGUGGAAUAUUUUCACCCAAUUAGUAAACGACUCUCUUUUAAACCUUUCUAUUAGGCACUACUAAGCAUCACAAGACACUGAACACAACUACAGCUUGAUAUGGGAACCAAACAUUGACUUCUUGCCAAACUUUACUGGAAAAUGUGCUUGUUUAACCCAAAACUAACCUGCUGAUUAUUUUGCUACAAGUUGCAUACUACUGUAAUACAUGUAGUAUCAUUCUCUUUGAGGAAUCUGAGGACUUGUAUCUCAACUCGAAAUGUUUGGUCAUGUUGGGUUCAGGCCUGUGUGUUACACAGUGGCUCCUGAUUUUAAGAUUACUGGAGAUAGUUUUCUGCCGAAGAUGUUACGACUAAGACUGAAUGGGUUCACUGUGCUGAUGUUUUACUCAGCAAAUGCAUUGUAUCUUGCUGGGGAAAGGGCAUAAAAAGUUGCUUGUCUUGCUGUUUGUGUGCCGUCUUGGCUGAUGGUGGAUUUAAGUAGGUUAAAGGUCACGCAGACCCUUAUGAUAGCUGGCAUUUCCCUUGUCUGGUCACGUACGUUUAUGGAGAGCAUAGUAUGUUUUCCAUCACAGGGGUUUUGUUUGCAUGCAGAGUGUGAUCAAUCAAUCAUGCAUAAACAAUAUCUUGCAUGUUUCUGACAAGGAUUUAAGGAUGACACCGUCUUUAUCCAGCCUAUAACACCUGCUACAUUUAACUUGUGUUAUAAUCCUUUAAAGUGAGUCCAUGUAACUUUUCCUGAACAGCGUCCACUUUGGUGGAUAAUGUUAUGUGCUAAAACAUAGUUUAACAGUAACACAGGUGACAAAGUAACCACAAAGUCAGCUGAAUCAGUAAUGUUUGGUAUAUAGCAAGUUAGCAAACUUGCAAAGUCAGCAAAAGCUAGCGGUCUUGCCAGACCAAGUAAUGCUGCAGCAGUAAAUCUUCACGGUGUAUUAAUGCUCAUAAAUUCAACCUUUAAUGGUUGAAAAAGACUAAGAUUGUGUUAUUUCUUACAUGGCUUACGUGGUCUGGCUUGAAUGUUAUAAACUGGUUUUCAGGAGCCGGACAAGGCGGUCGGUCCACAGCAGUAUAUGUCCUGUAUAACAGAUGAAUGGCUUUGUAAUGUCGAACAGAUGGAUCUCUGAAAGUGAAUUAUUGUGUAUAAAGAUGGCCAGAGAUGAGACAUGAUGGCGAAUUGUGCUGCAGAGUCUGUGUUUUUUGUUGAAGGUUUGACAGAAGUGUUAAUCCUCUGGGCAGGUGGUUUGAAAGACACAGUCGCAGCAAUGGCUGACUCUAGUCAUUGUGAGUAAUUUGGUGUCCAAAUUGAACAAAAGUGAAUAAAAGACAGUUGCACUGCUAGUUAUCUGUGCCGAUGAUUCUGCUAAAUGAGUGACUCAAGUACAACACGUCAGUAAGCAAGUGUUUAGUGUUAUUGGGUGUAAAGAUAUACAACAAUCAUCAAAACCAGUCUGAGUCAGGAUACAAACUGAAACUGUCUCUGUAUGUGAGACUGAUUACUGUAAGCAAAUCAGUUUUUAUUAGACUUUACAUGACACUGAAAUACCCACAGGUUUUGGUGUUGAUAGCACAAGAAUAUCUCAUAAAGUUCAGUGAGUUUAAACAAAAGCAGACAGUCUGGGGAAACGGACAGACAUGUUUCAUUCUUGAGAUUUAAUUGUUUUAUUGAGGUUAAAACCCCCUAAAGUACACCUGAGCUCACUCACAUGGGACACCAGCUGAGAACUUCUCUUAGGAAAACCAACCCACUCAGCCUGAGCGAAACAUCACUUUGUUUUCAUUUUUCCUGCAUGUAAAAACAUUGUAACAAAGCGCAUGCUGCUUCAAUCUGCUCACGCUGAAUUCUCUGUAUCAGUGUAUGUGUUUGUACAGAAGUUUUAUACACUGAGAAAUAAAGAAUAUUUGGCAUAAUA